CAGGAAGUUCAAAAUGAGUCACCUUGAAGUAAUUAUACUGGUCAUGUGUUUCGUACUGGUCAGCUGCUUUGCUAACAACAUGGUUUGUCGUCCAGUAGAAGACGCAUGCGCCGACGAUAUGCGACAGCAUUUACAUGGGCCGCCCGGUAAGUUAGGCCCGAGAGGCGAAAAAGGAAAUAAAGGUGAAACAGGACUUCCCGGAGUCAAAGUUUACGAUGGACUUGUCAAUCAAUCCAUAAUUCAGGAAACUAUCAAACAGGAGGUAGAAUCAGCUACUCGAGAACUAACACAGAGACUGGAAUCAACGGAAUCGAAGCUUGGUGAUGUUAGUGCUGUUCUCGGGAUUCUUUUAGAAGAGAAAUCAGCAUGCAAAAUGAAAUACGAAGGAACUUGCUACCGAGCACUUGUGCACCCAAAGUACGAUGUUAAGUAUUCAAACGCAUUGAGUUUUUGUCGAAUGCAUGAUAUGGAACCGGCGGAAAUUCCAAGUGAAAGUCAUUAUUACAAACUCAUGGAAUGUGUGAGAGCUGAAAUCCCUUCAGAGACUUCAUUCGCCGAUAUAUUCACAGGAAUGACAUAUAAUCAAUCGGCCAGAAGCGUUACUUUGUCAGAUGGAACAAGUGCUCCGUUCGUUAAAUGGUAUCCAAACUACCCAAGCAACGAGAGUGGAAGAGUAGCAAUGGGCAUCGUUGUGUUGUCAGACGUUAGUCAUCAGGGGCAUGGAAUGUACAAUGUGCACCCAGGAACGCUACAAGGAAUUGUCUGCCAAAAGAAAAACUGCUAGAACUUUCGAGCUAUCGAUAUUAAGAAUGAUUCAUUACCACAAAACUGAUUAAACUGGAGAAGAGACUCGUUAAUACAUCGCUGAGCGGUUAAUUUUGUAUAUUAAAGAACAAAUAUAGGCUAAAAAUAAUUUUUACCCAUUUGUAACAGGGAAAGGGUGGAACACAUUCACAAAAAUAAACAGCGUAAAUUUGAUUUUUUAACACUAAUUAGCCUAAGUUAAAGUUUGUGUUCAUAUUUUACUCACUUGAAAAUUAAUAAAAUUAAUUUUUUUUU